AUGGCCUCUCAGUGUCAAUUGGAUUCAGUGUUGCAGAAAUGCACCUCUUUAAUUUGCAUGAAGCUGCUGCAAGCCCAUCUCAUAACAACCGGUAAAUUCCAAUGCCACCCUUUCCGAUCAAAGCUCCUUGAGCUCUGCGCAAUCUCCCCCGCAGGUGACCUAUCCUUCGCCUUUCAAAUUUUUCGGCGAAUCCAAACACCUUCCACUAACGACUGGAACGCCGUUCUCCGAGGUCUGGCCCAAAGCCCAAAACCGACGCAGGCCCUGUCAUGGUACCGCGCCAUGUCACGCAGUCCCCAAAAGGUGGACGCUUUAACUUGCUCCUUCGCCCUCAAGGGCUGCGCGCGCGCCUUGGCUUUCUUCGAAGCCACUCAGAUUCACUCUCAGCUUCUGCGUUUUGGGUUUGAAGCUGAUAUAUUGUUGCUGACCACUUUGCUGGAUGUGUACGCCAAAACCGGUGAUCUUGAUGCUGCCCAUAAAGUGUUUGAUAAUAUGCACAAGCGAGAUAUUGCCUCGUGGAAUGCCAUGAUUUCUGGGUUAGCUCAAGGAAGCCGACCCAAUGAGGCAAUAGCUUUGUUCAACAGAAUGAAGGAAGAGGGGUGGAGGCCUAACGAGGUAACUGUUCUUGGAGCACUCUCCGCUUGUUCACAAUUGGGUGCUUUGAAACAUGGCCAGAUUAUUCAUGCCUACGUUGUGGACGAGAAGCUAGACACCGAGGUGAUUGUUUGUAACGCGGUUAUUGAUAUGUACGCAAAAUGCGGGUUUGUUGAUAAAGCUUAUUCGGUAUUUAUCAGUAUGAGCUGCAAGAAGAGUCUUGUCACGUGGAAUACUAUGAUCAUGGCGCUUGCGAUGAAUGGUGAUGGGAAAAAGGCACUUGAGCUUUUGGAUCAGAUGGUCGUGGAUGGAGUGGAUCCGGAUGCGGUGUCGUAUCUUUCUGCAUUGUGUGCAUGCAACCAUGCUGGCUUGGUGGAAGAAGGGUUUAGGUUGUUUGAUAUGAUGAAGGGGCGUGGAAUGAAACUUACUGUUAAGCAUUAUGGGAGUGUGGUUGAUUUGUUGGGUCGAGCAGGAAGGAUAAAAGAAGCAUGUGAUAUUAUAAACUCAAUGCCUAUGCUGCCUGAUGUGGUGCUCUGGCAGAGUUUGCUUGGGGCUUGUAAGACCCAUGGGAAUGUGGAAAUGGCUGAGAUGGCAUCCAGGAAGCUGGUGGAGAUGGGAUCCAACAAUUGUGGGUAUUUCGUGUUGUUAUCGAAUGUUUAUGCAGCGCAACAGAGAUGGCAUGAUGUAGGGAGGGUGAGGGAGGCCAUGAAGAUUAAGGAUGUGAGGAAGGUGCCAGGAUUUAGUUACACAGAGAUUGAUGGUAAGAUACACAAGUUUGUAAAUGGUGAUCAGAGUCAUCCGAGUUCAAAGGAUAUAUAUGCAAAACUUGAUGAGAUAAAGUUCAGGAUUAAAUCCUAUGGAUAUGCAGCAGAGACUAAUCUUGUGCUGCAUGAUAUUGGGGAGGAAGACAAGGAGAAUGCGCUUAAUUAUCACAGUGAGAAGUUGGCCGUGGCAUAUGGUUUAAUUAAGACAGGUGAUGGGACACCAAUUCAGGUUAUAAAAAACCUUAGAAUAUGUGUGGACUGUCAUCUUGUGAUAAAAAUUAUAUCAAUUGUUUAUAAAAGGGAGAUUAUUGUGCGUGAUCGAGCCCGAUUUCACAGAUUUAAAGAAGGUGUAUGUUCUUGCAGAGAUUAUUGGUAA